ACGUGCGGUCAUGUGACUCAGUCAAGAUGGCGUCGGGGCAACAGUGGGUGUUGGUGGAGAUGGUGCAAGCUUUUUACGAGGCACCAGCGUAUCAUUUGAUUUUAGAAGGUAUUCUCAUAUUAUGGAUUAUCAGACUGCUGUUUUCAAAAACGUAUAAGCUUCAGGACAGAUCAGACCUUACAGAGAAGGAGAAAGAGGAGUUAAUUGAGGAGUGGCAGCCUGAGCCACUCGUUCCCCCCUUAUCUAAAGACCAUCCAUCACUUAAUUAUGAUGUGGUUACAGGCCCUCCAAGCCACAAAAUCAUUGUAAAUGGGAAAGAGUGCAUUAACUUUGCCUCAUUUAAUUUCUUGGGUCUACUCGACAAUGAGCGUGUAAAGCUAAAGGCUUUGACUUCACUAAAAAAAUAUGGUGUGGGAACUUGUGGACCACGGGGAUUCUACGGAACCUUUGAUGUUCAUCUGGAAUUAGAGGAACGAUUGGCAAAGUUCAUGAGAACAGAGGAGGCCAUUAUCUACUCAUAUGGCUUUGCCACCAUUGCCAGUGCCAUUCCAGCAUACUCUAAAAGAGGAGACAUCAUCUUUGUAGAUGAGGCCGCUUGUUUCUCCAUUCAGAAAGGCCUGCAGGCUUCACGCAGCUUCAUCAAAUACUUCAAACACAAUGAUAUGGAGGAUCUAGAACGCCUUCUGAAGGAGCAGGAGAUAGAAGAUCAGAAGAAUCCACGCAAAGCUAGAGUAAUAAGACGCUUUAUUGUAGUUGAAGGACUCUACAUCAACAUGGCAGAUAUCUGUCCACUUCCUGAACUGGUGAAGUUGAAGUAUAAAUAUAAGGUGCGAAUUUUCCUGGAGGAGAGCAUGUCUUUUGGAGUGCUUGGAGAGCAUGGACGAGGAGUCACCGAACAUUUUGGUGUGAAUAUUGAUGAUAUUGACCUAAUAAGUGCUAACCUGGAGAAUGCAUUGGCAUCGAUUGGAGGGUUCUGCUGUGGACGGUCCUUUGUUAUUGAUCAUCAGCGUUUGUCAGGUCAGGGUUACUGUUUCUCAGCAUCUCUUCCACCCAUGCUGGCAGCUGCUGCUAUUGAAGCCCUGAACAUCAUGGAGGAAGAUCCAGGCAUUUUCAGCAUUCUGAGAAAUAAAUGCAGACAUGUACACAAGGCACUACAAGGGACUGCAGGCUUGAAGGUAGUGGGCGAGUCUUUUGCUCCAGCUCUCCACCUACAGCUGGAGAAUAGCACAGGAUCCAGAGAAAAUGACCUGAAGCUACUUCGGGAGAUUGUUGAUUACUGUAUGGAAAGACAGAUUGCUCUUACUUUAGCACGAUACCUGGACAAAGAAGAGCGUUUUCUUCCACCUUCGAGCAUUCGAGUCGUGGUCACUGUUGAGCAGACGCAGGAGGAGAUCGAGAAUGCCGCAAAGUGCAUUCGAGAAGCAGCUUUUAAUAUCCUGAAAAAAUGACUAAUCACCUUCACUGUGAACAAACGGACACUAACAAAAACAUCACACACCACAAAGCUUGUGUACAUAGAAUUACUAGAGAUAUAAUGAGCGAGCCAUCCUGCCUAAUGGCUCUUUGACCUUUAACCCAAAGGACCUUAGCUGUGGGAACUUGGCAUGUUUUGUAUUGGCAUAAGAUUUACAUACAAUGAUUUAACCUGUGUUAUUUGAGACAUAGUGUACAGAUAAUGUUGAUUAUUUGAGUCUUCGUUUCACAUUUAAACAAAUGCAGAGCUGGUUCCUUACACUGUUUGCAGCUGGUGUGCACCAACAAACCUAUUUAUAUUACAUUCAAUACCUAAGUAUUGAUGGAAGAUCUAACCCCACAGUAUCUAGUGAAUAUUACCCAGAAGAACAAUACUUGUUUUAUGUAUAAGGUAACGUUUUAUAUUAUGUAUUUACAUCUUUUCCUUUUGUAACAUUUGACCAAAAUUUGCUUCUUCACCACAUAAAAAUCAUUGAUUUUUUUUGCACUGCAUAUGUAUUAUUUUCUCUGUCUUCGACUUGUGAGGGACCAUGCCUUUUAAAUCAUACUUUCAUUGUUCUUAUUUCCAAUCAGUUUAUUAGUUGAUGAUGCAAUAAGUGUACUUAGAAUAAUAGAAUAAAGUUCCUCACACUGAAUUAAUUAAAUAUGUCUAUAUAUUUAUUCUGAUUGUUUCUAUGGUUGUCAUCUUGUUGAAAUUAUGCUUUGGAAGCAGAUUUCAAGAAUAAGUCACAUUUCAGCCUUAAUUAAAAUUUGCACUGUUUUA